AUGCAUCUAUUUAAACAUACUAAUACACCCCAGCAGCAGCAGCAGCAGCAGCAGCAGCAGCAGCAGCAGCAGCAGAAGGAGCAGCAGCAGAAGGAGCAGCAGCAGAAGGAGCAGCAGCAGAAGGAACUGCAGCAGCAAACAGAUGCACACAUGAAAGCGCAAGAAACGGAAUCCCCCAGACUGCAACACCAGCAGCAACAGCAACAGCAGCAGCAGCAGCAGCAGCAGCAGCAGCAGCACAGACACAGAGACAGCCCCCAACCCUGGCUGCUGCAGGGGGGUACAUAUGAUACCCCCCCGACAACCUUCACGCUAAGCGCACAAAAGCUGCUGCUGCAGCAGCAGCAGCAGCAGCAGCAGCAGCAGCAGCGACUGGAACUGCAUCACCUGCUGCAGCAGGAGCAGCAGCAGCAGCAGCGGAUGAUGCAGCAUCUGCUGCAGCAGCAAAACCUGAGCAUCCAGCAUCUGCUGCUGCUGCUGCUGCUGCUGGCGAUGCAGACUCCAACAGGCCGCGCCUGCUGCAGCAGCAUUCCUCUAGGUCUAUUGAAGCAGCCUGCAGCAGGAGCAGCAGCAGCAGCAGCAGAUGAUGCAGCAUCUGCUGCAGCAGCAAAACCUGAGGAUACAGCAUCUGCUGCUGCUGCUGCUGCUGAUGUUGCUGCUGGCGAUGCAGACUCCAACAGGCCGCGUCUGCUGCAGCAGCAUUCCGGUAGGUCUACUGAAGCAGCAGCAGCAGCACCAAAAACAGCAGCAGCAGCAGCAGCAGGAGCAGCAGCAGCAGCAGCAGCAGUUGAAAAAGUAGCAGCAGAUGAGUACCUUCCAUCUGCAGGCUGCAGCACCAUCUGCAGCAGCGGAGAAGUUCUCCUGGUGGAGGAGCAGCAGCACAGGCAGCAGCAGCAGCAGCAGCAGCAGCAGCAGCAGCAGCAGCAACAGCAGCAAGUGGUCCCCAUACCGGGCCAGGCAGCAGCACCAGCAGCAGCAACAGCAGCAGCAGCAGCAGCAGAGGAAGCAGCACAACUGACAGAUCCCAAUGCAUUACAACGUGAGAAGCAAAUGCUUUCUGCUCCUGGUGGAGGAGCAGCAGCACAGGCAGCAGCAGCAGCAGCAGCAGCAGCAGCAGCAGCAGCAGCAGCACCAACAGCAGCAAGUAGUCCCCAUACCGGGCCAGGCAGCAGCACCAGCAGCAGCAACAGCAGCAGCAGCAGCAGCAGAGGAAGCAACACAACUGACAGAUCCCAAUGCAUUACAACGGGGCGAUACAUCCGUUUGCUGCUGCUGCAGCAGCAGCUGCCACCGCAGCGAGCGUCACAGCAGCAGCAGCAGCAGCAGUUGCAGCAGCAGCAGCUGCAGCAGCAGCAACCGCCACAAUUGGCGCUGCUGCUGCUGCUGCUGCUGUCGGCCGGACAGCUUCGGAGCUGCAAUGAGAAGGGAGAGCAGCAAGGGGACUCCUGCAGCAGCAGCAGCAGCAGCAGCAACAGCAGCAGCAGCAACAACAGCAGCAGCAGCAGCAACAACAGCAGCAGCAGCAGCAGACAUCAGCAGCGGCAGCCCCAGGCUAUUUCGGGCAUUCCCUUUGCGGUGCUCGACCUCAACGCAAUGCAGCAGGCAGCAGCAGCAGCAGCAGCAGCAGCAGCAACUGCAGCAGCAGCAGCUGCUGCUGCAGGAACGCCGCAGGCAGCAGCAGCAGCAGCAGCAGCAACUGCAGCAGCAGCAGCUGCUGCUGCAGGAACGCCGGCAUGUGACACAAGACAAUACAACGGACCCCUGCAGCAGCAGCAGCAGCAGCAGCAGCAGCAGCUGCAGCAGCUGCAGCAGGUUCCCCAGCUGCGGCGAGCUACGACAAGCCCUUCAAGCUGA